AUGACUGUCGCUCAACAGCCCAACAACGACCUUUCUGCGCAAGACCCCAAAGAUGUGCACCUUCCCGAGGACAAAGCCCCUGCGGCAACACCUGGCGCCCCACUUCGAAGUGACGAUAUUCAGAUCUCACACGCUUUUCGAGCAGCCGAAUGUCAUAGUAGAUGGCUUGAAACGCAGAAGGCUGCGGAAGACGAAGCGCGCAAAACUGCGAGGGCAGCCCCGAAAGACGUCGCUCGUUCCAUUAUGCGUAUACAACGGGCUUGUCGGACCCCUGCUCCAGACCAUGCGGUCGAGAACAUUCUCGACGCCUUUGAACGUGUCAAACCGCUCCUUCCAUUGAUUUUCCAAAAAAAGUCGUUUGCAAGAUUUGAGGAAAGUUUCGCACGGAAAGGGAUCGAGAUAAAGGCCGUCUUCUGCCUUGGUGUCAUCACGCUUUUGUGUAUCCUGAUAUUGGACUACAGACAGGAGGUCUCUGAUUCGCCCUCAAAGGUGGUUCUUCUCCAAGAGCUUGCAGUGGCUGUCCGGUUAGGGCAGUCCUACCAACGAUUGGUUUUGGAGGGCUAUCCAGAGCGCAUCGAAGAGUUGGUGCAAAAGGAAAAAGAAGAUCUUGCUUGUUCAGCGGGGGGGUUGUCUGCUGGUGUGAAAUACGGAUUAGAACGGGUGAUGCCUUUAAAAUUCCAAGAAGCUGAAUUCUCCGGUAUGAACCGUAUGAAAACAUCGCAGCCGCUAAACAUUCAUUUCUCCACCAGCCCCAACAUUGCGGCAUGUGCUGGUAGUGUAUGUGGUUCACUCAUGAUCUCGACUGCAAUGAAAUGGUGUCGAAACGAGAUCGGAAGUAUUCGAGAACGCUAUGCUAGAUCUUUCCAUGAGUAUAUACAGACCUUAACAGAAUUCAGGUCGGACGGGCUGCUUGUUCGUUCCUAUCGAGCUCUCAGGUUCCUCUGGACGGUUGCAAAGAGCGAAAAAGAGCAGCAGUCCCCCAAACACAAUAGAGUGGUAAAUUCGUUCAGUGCAUAUGGGCCAUACGUUGCUUCAGAUCCAAUGAUUUGA